AUGAAGCUCUCCAUUGCAGCAACAUUGGGCUUUUUGGGCUGUGCCCUCGCCUUGCCCGCACCUGUUGCCAGGGAGGCCGACCUGCCAUUCCCUUUCCCAGCUGGUGGCUCUGGUAGCUCUGGCUCUGGGUCUGGUGGUUUUCCAUUCCCUAUUCCUUCGGGCGCCCCUACCGGCUUUCCAUUCCCUAUUCCUUCGGGUCUACCUAGCGGCUUUCCAACUGGUUUUCCAUUCCCUAUUCCGUCCGGCGUGCCAACUGGGUUCCCAUUCCCUAUUCCAUCCGGCCUGCCCACUGGAUCCGGUUCCAGCGGUUUCCCCGGCUUCCCUGGACUGGGUGGCAGCGGAGACUACGAAAAGCGCGAGGAAGCUCCUCGCCGUCACGACAACCCAUUCGGCGACUUCCCCGGAUGGCCGUGGCCAUGGCCGAAGCCCAGUGGUGGCUUUCCCGGAUGGCCAAAGCCGACUGGCCCUCCUUCUUUCCCUCCUGGCGGUAACGGAGGCACCCCUACUGGCGGCUUUCCGGGCUUCCCAAGCAUCACACCUACGCCUACUCCCAGCUCGACUCCUACUCCCAGCGCCACUCCUUCCGGCUUCCCUUUCAGGGGCUGA